CGAGGAAAGUGGACCGUGUGAUGCUCCGGAUGUUUCACUACAUCUUGUUCCUUGAAACGGAGGAGGACAAAGGUGUUUAGCAUUACAAGAGUAAUUUUUUCCAGACCGAGGGGCAACUUAUGGCGGAGUUCGGGCCGCAGGGCCUCACGAAACAGGUGUGGGUAGAACUGCGAAAGCAUUUUCACGGCGCGGUGUUGUACGUGAAUACUUGCAAACGUACUCUUCUGCACGAGAAGGAGUCCCUCGACGACGCGAAGAAAUUGUACGACGAUGACAUGUUCCCUAAAUCUUUCCUCAAGUCUGUCCGUUCCAUCUUACGACGGACUAAAGAAGAAGUUCAAGACACGAUCAGGGUCACCGGGGAUGUGAGGCACAUCAAAUGGCACAACCUCAAGCGGUUGACCAACCUUAUUCCUUUCGCUUGCCCGCCUUCCCAAGCUCACUGUCGUAUCACUGAGAUCCGUGAGAUCUUGCGACAUUACGUGUGCAACCUGUACGUCCUCGAUUUGUGUGAUCCCACACUCCUCGCAGACUGGCGAGAAGACGAUUUUGCCAACUUGCAAGGCGUUCUCCAAACACUGUCGCCAACGCACUGGGCACUUGUGGUCUUUUUCCCCGCUCGUUGGGAGCUCAGUUUCUUGAGAGGCAUGGCCAGGCUUAGCGUCCAUCACGUCAGGACAGCGAAGUGGGUGCGCCAUGCACAAAAGCAGACCACUGUCCGGGAAGGCAAUAUGCUGGUUGAGGAGUGUGACCGUUUGUACAUGAUUUUCAACGGCGAGAACUUGGCAGACAACAUAGUCGUAGUCUACCCGGCCAAUAGCCCGACAAAGGCUUCCCGUGCUCAUGGUCCAAGUCUGGCCAAACACGUGGUGGCGGCCUGCUCGAAAGUUGUCUGUUCGUCGGACCCAUCAGGACAGGCUGUGGCGUGUUUCGACGUGGCGGACGAGGACAGGGAGCGGAACCUGUCCCAUCUACUUGGUCUACUCGAAAACUUUUGCAAGGCUGGGCAAACUGUCUUUUUCUUUGGGAAGGCGCAUGCGUCUUUCAUGUGGGAGCUCAUGCGCAACGGUCAGAACGUCGUCGCGUUGGAGGAUAAGGCGAACAUGAUCGAUUACCUUAACGAGUUCGUGAAGACACACGUGGCAGACACUUGCAAUGAUUGCACUUUUGUCCAGACCACCGGCGAACGAAACUGGGAUCCCAAACGUGACAUGUAUUGGAAAUUGUCGGGGAACAAAAGGAUGGAGGUUUGGGACUUUCUUUUCCAACCUGGACCGCCUGCUCAGACCGACCUCGAAUACAGUCGACGGAGAAACCUGGUGUUCGGUGUGCUGAAUGGGUACCACGAUGCACCCAGGGAGUCUGUCUCGCAUUUCCUGAGAAGGCUGGAGCACGUUUACUUCUUGAUGGCCGAACCACGCUCCCUCGAAAACUACAAGGCACAAUUUGACGAGGAGGACCCUUUCGACGCUGAAGACAUGGAGGAGUUGAGCGACUCCGAAACCUUCGAUUUCGAGUCCAUGCAACUUCCUCGGGUGUUUGGACAGGUUGGUGAUGAAGGGGAAGGUGGUCCUCGGAGAUAUAACACGUCCCCUGCCGGUUUGAAGCAUGUGUUUCGGCGCGAACCAGUCGACGACCAAUCGUCUGAUGACGAGGAGGAAGAGAGAGACUAUGAUUACGAACCUUGUGACAAGCUCCCUGUGGACCAUGAUACCUGGGAGAAUGACAGACUCUUCUUCUUCGACAAGCAUCACCGGUUCACGCCGGAGGAUGUCUGGGGACACAACGUCGUCUGGCACCCGAGGAUAUUCCAACCUACUGUGAAGAAUGGAAGGUGGGUCAUGGCAAUGAAGGAAGUCGAUGGCAAGUGGAGUGGAAUGAACAGACUGGGAGCGGAUCCAUUUAAGAAAAAGGCAAGAGGUGCUCUGGUGGAGCAUUUGAGGGUUAUGAACCCCGACAGGAGCCUGCCGGACGUCGAUGCAUAUGUAGUCGAAAAGCUAGAUGAGUUGUACGCCAGAAAGAUGUUGAAGUUUCAUGCGCCUUUCUACGCACUGGAGACGGCACCGUCUCGUGGCAUUGACUGGCGCAUGCCGCAACCUCCGUCGGGCGGUCAGCAUCCGGGAAGCGGUGGAGGAGGAGACGAAGGAGACGGCGGAGGUGACGGAGGAAACGGCUCACGAUUUGCCGGAAAGGGGACGGGUGAAACAUCGUCGGGAGAAAAGGCGUCCGACGGAAAGGGGUCAGUCGGAAAGGGGUCGAGCGGAAAGGGGACGAGCGGAAAGGGGUUGAGCGGAAAGGGAUCGGGCGGGAAGGGGUCGGGCGGGAAGGGGUUGGGCGAAAAGCGUAGAACGUCCGGGAGUCCCCAGCAUAGGGAAACUAACACCCACUGCGUAGGGAGUCGAGAUUCCGACAUGCGAAACGUGGCCACCCUAAGGUCUGAUCAAGUGGGAGUAGAUUCGCACUUGUCUGCGAGGACUUUGUUUCCUGAUGUCGAGGAGAGUCCAUCCCGCCAUGCGCAGCAGAGGUCUCCUGUGCACAACACCUUGCUCUUGGAAGAGGGCGAAUAUCUGCAGCAUCCGGCCGCAUCUCGUGAGCGGCGAAACCAUUCCUUGAUGGGAACUGCGUCUUCGUUUUGCCUGGAGGGCGGGAUGCCUGCAUUGCGAAGGAGCGAAGGUGCGACCGUCAGUUCCAUCAGCUUGGGCGAGCGCCACAACUCCGAAUAGAUUCGGAGUUGCUAACAUCGCCCUGCAGGCCUUCCACCAUAAGUGCUCUUCACGCU